AUGAAGUUCCUCGCUGCCCUCACAGCUUUCGCUUGCCUCGCUGCUGCGGCUCCCGCAGAGCUUGACACCCGCCAGCUUGGCUCCAGCACCGCCACCGAUCUCGAGAAAGGCCAGAGCAGCAACUGCCCUUCUGCCAUUCUCAUCUUCGCUCGCGGCUCAACUGAGACCGGAAACAUGGGCAUGAGUGUUGGUACCUCCCUCUCGGGAGCUCUCAAGAAGAAGGUCAGCGGCAUUUGGAUCCAGGGCGUCGGCGGUCCCUACACUGCUGGCCUUGGCGAUAACGCUCUGCCUCGAGGCUCCAGCGCCGCCGCCAUCAAGGAGGGUGUUCGCCUGAUGAACCUCGCCCACGAGAAGUGCCCCAACGCGGCAAUCCUGACCGGAGGAUACAGCCAAGGAAGCGCCCUCAUUGCGGCAGCCAUCACGGACUUGGACGCUACAGUGCGUGAGCAGGUCAAGGGCGCUGCUCUGUUCGGGUACACCCAGAACAAGCAGAACAAGGGCCAGAUCCCCAGCUUCCCCGCCGACAGGACCAAGGUCUUCUGCGCUUCCGGCGAUCUGGUCUGCGAGGGCAGCCUCGUCGUCGCCGCUCCGCACUUCACCUACGGCAGUUCCGCCAGCGGCGAGGGCGCCGAUUUCCUCGCUGGCAAGGUCUCUAGCUAA